UGUAAACACACAGCUAAAACACAGGCUUUUCAAGAGCUGCAAAAUCAAACAAUUAAAGAUCAGGAAACUGAUGCUGAGCAAAGUCAAAUGGCUCGCCUCAGUUUACAUAUCCACAGUUGGGACUCAAACUCACAUGUCUUGUCUCUAACCUGAGCUCUUUCCUCCACACUUGCAUCCCUCUAGGUCAGUACCCUAGAGUCCAUGGGUCCACUAUUCCUCUGCGUCUCAUUUCUCUGAAGUGGGAAACUGCCUGGACUACCUAUUCCUGCACUUAUUACCCUCAUUCUACAGUGUACUGAAGAGGAUCUUCGGUGGUCUGGGAGUUUUGUUUGUUUGAGACAGGGUCUCCCUCUGUCAUCCAGGCUGGAGUGCAGUGGUGCAAUCAUAGCUCACUGCUGCCUCAACCUCCCAGGCUCAAGUGAUUCUCCUGCUUCAGCCUCCCAAGUAGCUGAGACUACAGGUGUGCACCACCACACCAGGCUAAUUUUUUAAUUUUUUUGUAGAAAUGAGGUCUCACUGUGUUGUCCAGGCUGGUCUCGAACUCCUGGCCUCAAGUAAUCCUCCUGCCUCAGCUUCUCAAAAUGCUGGGAUUAUAGGCAUGAGCCACCGCCCCCAGCUUAGAUCUUCAGUUUUAAGCCUACUAAUGUCAUUUUGCUGGUGGGACCUCGGGAUGUCAGUUGUCCAACAUGGCUACUGUCAGUCCUUUUCCUCUGUAUCAGCACCACAUAUUAUCUCAGAUGUGUACAUCUGAAUUUGGAAGUCUCCAAAUUGCAGGCCAUGUCUACGUGGCAAUGAAUCAUAACUAAUUGACCUCCAAAGCUCUUUCUUUUUCAAACUAUACUUAGGAUUUUGGGAUAAGGAAAGAACUGACCCUUUGAGACCUUGAUAUUUUAAACUUUGUGAGCUGAUUUAGCCCAUUCCACCUUCCUGUGAACUCCAUGUUUCCCAGUUGCCUGGACAACAUACAGCCUCCCGAAACCCAACCUUCCAGCCCUCAGUCCUGCCCUCAAGAGAAAUUUGCCACCAAGGAUUGGCUCCCAGGACCCAGGCCCCGCCUCAGGCUCCUCGCUAGUUGGGCCUUCUCUCUGCCACUCCCCACGAGUGGGUCACUCCACGGGGAGCCCCAACGCUGGCAGGAGAGGAUCCUACAGGACAGCAAGGAGAUGCCACCUAAAAACAAAGAAAAAGGGAAGAGAUCUGGGGCACAGAAGAAGAAAAAGAACUGGGGUGCAGAUGUGGAGGCCGAGUCCAGGCACAGGCUGGUGGUGCUGGAGAAGGAGCUGCUCCGAGACCACUUGGCUCUACGGAGGGAUGAAGCCCGUCGAGCCAAGGCUUCCGAAGACCAGCUGAGGCAGAGGCUGCAAGAGGUGGAGGCUGAGCUGGAAGGGGCCCGAAGUGAAAGGAAGGCCAUAUAUGAAGAGAUGAGUCGCCAGUGCCAUGCCCUGCAGGAGGAUAUGCAAACCCGCAGCAAGCAGCUGGAGGAAGAAGUCAAAGGCCUUCGGGGGCAGCUAGAGGCAUGCCAAAGGGAGGCUGCAGCUGCCCGGGAAGAGGCUGAACAAGCUCUCGGAGAGCGGGACCAGGCCCUGGCUCAGCUUCGGGCCCACAUGGCAGACAUGGAGGCGAAGUAUGAGGAAAUCUUACACGACAGUCUGGACAGGCUCUUGGCCAAGCUGAGAGCCAUCAAGCCGCAGUGGGAUGGGGCAGCACUGAGACUCCACGCCAGGCACAAGGAGCAGCUACACCAGUUUGGACUCACCUCCCCCGGAUCUUUGAGGCCACCAGCCCCUAGUCUCUAGUGUUCUCUGAGGCCCCAGCAGUAAAGUGUCUUGAUGUAGAACUCAAUAGAGCUGUGGGCUCUGGCCUUUUGGCAGAGAGGAGUGGAUCUUAUUUUUAUUUUUAUUUUUAU